UCUAGUGUCCGAAUAUGGUAAUUAAAUAAAAAAUAAUGUCCUUCCGUGCCUCUAAAAAUUACAGAAAUUCUGUCCAAGAAAUAUGAGUCGCUGGGGCAAUAAUAAUCAGCAGAACCCCUACAGUGGGGGUGUACCAGGAUGGGGGGACUCACCCAUGCCUCCAAGAGGGACACCUCAUUCUGGAAAUCCAGGAUUUUGGGGUCCGCGAGGUCCCUCUCCACACAACAGAUUCGACAGAGGUCCGCCGCAAGGGCAUUCUCCAAGCCCCCAUCAAUCCCCCCGGGGACAGUUCUCACCAAUGUACCCCUCGUCACCCUUCAUGCAACAGGCACCCGGCCACCAACACAGAAUGGGACAUGGAGGAGGGGGAGGGGGAAACUCCCCUCGGUAUCAGUUUGGAGGGAGGAACUCCGGAGGGGGAUCAUACUCAUCCCCGAGACACUCAUCCCCAAGAAACUUCUCCAGAGGACAGGGUAGGCAAUCUUCAGGCAAUGGGCAGCCAGCUGACAUCAGUAAGUACUACAAACAUUCAAUGGUUGUGGAUCCAUGGAAGCAUCUGAUGACAUCAUCAUCUGGGACCCCAGCAUCCAAGACCUAACGUCUUGAAAGAACCACAGCGAAAAUAGACAAUGAAGAAGAAACUCAGGCCAACAACAUGUUGUCAGGUCGGCCAUCUUGUGUUGAGCCUCUUAAGUAUAGGAGAACCAGAGUGAGGCUUGAGGCAUAAAUAGUCAGGUGCAGUAGACAUUUAACUAUGGAGAUGCCAAUAAUGUGCUCAGGGAGCCAUACUUACCCUUCAAGUAGAUGACUUGAGAGCUGUCAUGCAUGUGUACAAGACAUGGUUGAAAGACUGGUUCCCAGUUUCAAAGUGAUUUUGUCAAUGACCGGGUACCCAAC